UACAACAAUGGCUUCCACUUCCUCUCUCACUCUCAUCACCUUCCUCUUCGCUGCUCUCCUCCUCAACGCCUCCGCACAGCAACAGCAGGACCCGCUUUGGCAGAGCCCGCGACAGCCGCAGCAGCACCGCCUCCGCGCCCGGACCGACUGCCGGGUCGAGAGGCUCACCGCCCAGGAGCCCACCCUCCGGUUCGACUCCGAGGCCGGCCGGACCGAGUUCUGGGACCGCAACAACCAGCAGUUCGAGUGCGCCGGAGUCGCCGCCGUCAGGAACUACAUCGAGCCCAGAGGCCUCUUGCUGCCGCACUACAACAAUGCACCUCAGCUCCUCUACGUCGUCCGAGGAAAGGGGCUGCUCGGAGCAGUGAUUCCGGGGUGCGCCGAGACGUUCGAGACCGAGAUGCCGCAAGGCGAGCACUAUCAGAGCAGCAGAAGCUUCGUGGACCGUCACCAGAAGGUCCGCCAGUUCAGGCAAGGUGAUGUUCUAGCCUUGCCAGCCGGAAUUACUCUCUGGUUUUACAACAACGGAGAAGAGAGGCUUGAGACCGUUGCAUUGCUCGACACCGGCAGUGAGAUCAACCAGCUCGAUCACACAUUCAGGAACUUCUUCUUAGCCGGAAAGCCACGUGGCGAAGCGCAAAGCUCGCAGAGCUACCGUAGCCGGCCAAGGGGGGAGAGCGAAAACGAAAGAAACAACGUUUUCUACCCAUUCGAGGAGGAGCUUCUUGCUGAGAUUUUCAACGUGGACAGAGAGACAGCCAGGAAACUGAAGAGCGAGGAUGAUUUCAGAGGCCAAAUCGUGCGAGCUGACAAGUUCAACAUUGUGUUCCCCGGGCAAGAAGAGGAGAGGGAGAGCCGACGCAUCUCCAACGGAUUCGAGGAAACCUUGUGCAGCGCCAAGCUGAGGCUCAACCUGGAUGAGCCAUCGCUGGCCGAUAUAUACAACCCCCGCGGCGGCCGCAUCAGCACCGUCAACAGCCAGAAACUCCCCAUCCUCAACUGGCUCCGCCUUAGCGCCGAGAAAGGUGUCCUUCACAGGAACGCUAUAGUGGCACCACACUGGAAUGUGAACGCCCACUCGGCCAUCUACAUCACGCGAGGGAGCGGCCAGUUCCAAGUGGUGGGGCACAACGGGAAGUCGGUGUUCGACGGCGAGGUGAGAGAGGGGCAGAUGAUCAUAGUGCCACAAAACUUCGUGGUGAUAAAGAAGGCGAGCGACGAGGAGGGACUCGAGUGGAUCUCCUUCAAGACCAACGACAACGCCAUCGUAAACCCGCUGGCCGGGCGCCUCUCGGCGCUCAGAGCGAUGCCGGAGGAGGUGCUCAUGAACGCGUACGACAUCUCGAGGGAGGAAGCCAAGAAUUUGAAGUAUAAGAGAGACGAAUCGAGGAUCUUGAGCUCCACUUCAAGCAGGCGUUCAUCGAGAUACCCAAGCCGCCCAUGGCCGAUUGACUAUGCGUUGGAUGUCAUCAAGUCUAUGAUGUAAACGAACAUAAUUAGAUAUUCCACCAAAAUUACGUAGCCUUUUUAAAUAAUGAGGGCUUCACCUCAAUACUGCGAAUACUACGAGAGGAUGGAAUGUGUAUCGUUUUGUUUGAAUAAAUAAAAUUGAGGAGGUCCUUUUAAAUUA